AUGGCGCCUUCCGCGCCCCUUGCGCGCGCAUCACUCGUGGCGCUGCCUCCGCUCCUGCUGCUGCUCUCUCUCGUCGCGCCGUGCCUCGCCGAUCAAGGCGAAUUCGACCCAGUCUACAUAGUCCGCCUUAAAGACCCACCCGUCACCGCAUAUUCCGGCGGAAUCGCCGGCUACCCGGCCACCUCGCCGGCCACCACCGCCGCGAACGCGCUCGGCAGGCUAGCGAAAUCGGCGAAGCAGCUGUGGAAGAAGCGGACGAAGCUGAACGCUCGCGCGCCGAACGUGAAGGCGUUUGUGAAGUUUCUCAAGAACCAGCAGAAGAAGAUUGCGCAGGACGUGGGUGUUGCCACUAACAAGCUCAUUCACAGCUACACCCACGUGGAGAACGGGUUCGCGGCGGUGCUCUCGCCGAAGCAGGUCCGCAGUCUGCAGACCCACCCGGACGUCGCGGCCGUCACGCAGAGCGUGCGCCUGGCGCCCUCCACCACGCACUCCCCGCAGUUCCUGCGCCUUCCGCAGUCGCUCUGGGCCUCCGCGGGCGGGGAGACGUCGGCGGGGGAAGACGUGGUGGUGGGCGUGAUCGACUCGGGGAUCUGGCCCGAGCACGCGUCGUUCGCCAACACGGACGUGAACCCGUACGGCGACCCGCCGGCGUCGUUCAAGGGGGAGUGCCAGACGACGGCGGACUUCCCCGCGUGCAACGGCAAGGUCGUGGGCGCGCGCUUCUUCAACGCGGCGUUUAACAAGGAGGUCAAGGGCAAGAUCGACUUCUCUAAGGACUUCAACUCGCCGCGCGACACCGACGGCCAUGGCACGUGGUGUGCCAGCGCGGCGGCGGGCAACAACGGCGUCGCCAUAGGCGACCUCACGGCGAGCGGCAUGGCGCCGCGCGCGCGCCUCGCGGUGUACAAGAUCUUCUGGACGCACGCGGGCAGCAUGUGGGCCAACUCCGCGGACGUCAACGCUGCCGUGAAUGCCGCCGUGGCGGAUGGCGUGGAUGUGCUCAGCCUGUCGUUCGGAGGCGUGGAUACGCGCGCCACGUACUUCGACGACCUGCCGUUUCUCAACGCGCACGCCGUACGUCUGCUGCUCGUUGUACAUCAAAGUCAGUUUUCCUUCCACUUCCUUUCCUCCCUCUCACAUCCCCUUCCCUCCUCCCCUUCCCUCCUCCCCUUUCCUCCUCCCUUUCGCCAGGCGGGCGUGGUGGUGGCGUUCGCAGCGGGCAAUGCAGGCAGUGUGCACCCGGCCAGGGGGGAGUACCGCCUUAUUGACAACUUCGCGCCGUGGUAUCUCUCCGUGGGAGCCAGCACGAUAAGCAUCUACACAGACAUGGCAGGCGAAGAAAUCACGGCCCUGACCAAAAAGGCUCCCAGCUCCGAUCCCAAUGCCGGCGCUGACAGCGCCGACUCACUGGCCACGUCUGGAACCUCCAGCAGCGGCAGCAGCAGUGGUGCUGCCGAUACUGAUGCUGGUGCUGGUGCUGAUGCUGAUGCUGACGCUGAUGCCGAUGCUGGGUCUGGUGUGGCCACCAAGUCUGACGGGCCCGUCACAGUCUCUUCCAAGGAACUCAAAGGCUUGAUCUUCACUGAGUCCCCUGACACCCCCGACGAGGCGCCUAUUCUCGCGCCUUUCUCUUCCACCGGCCCUGUAGCCGCGCCAGCCGCUGCCCCGGCGCCCGGGCGGCCCACUAACGACAUCCUUAAACCCGACAUCAUCGCUCCUGGCGUUCAGCUCUGGGGCGCCGCGCCCAGCCCCUCACUAACCGACUAUGACGACUAUUUUAAGAGACUCUCGGGGACGUCGAUGGCUACACCGCAUGUUGCGGGAAUCGCGGCGCUUAUAAUCCAGCAGAAGCCUUCGUGGACUCCAGCUCAGGUCAUGUCAGCAAUGAUGACCACGGCAAGCGUGACAAACAACAAGGAAGCGCUGAUUCGGACGAUGGCGAAAGGGCGCCAGUCGCCUCCAACAGGCGACCGCGUCGCGAACCCGUGGGAGAUCGGCGCGGGGCACGUGAACCCUAUGAGUGUUCUCGACCCCGGCCUGACGUACGACUCCAAUGAGACGGAAUACAGGAAUUUCCUCGCGGGCGUGAAUAUGAAUCAAGCGAAGAAGGAGUUCCGUUCGAUGACAGUGAAGGCCAUCCGCGCGUGCAAUCUCAACCAUGACCAGGGGCACAUAGUGCGGUCUCCUAUAGCCGUUCAGCCCAUAAAGUAA